AUGAGUAGCUCUAACGCGAAACUAGCGAAAACUUUACAAAGAUUUCAGUCGAAGAUUAAGGCAGGUGAUUACUAUGAAGCACAUCAAACCUUAAGAACCAUUGCCAACAGAUAUGUGAGGUCUAAACAUUAUGACGAUGCGAUUGAACUCAUAAUUCAUGCAGCUACCUCAUUUCUCGAGGUCAAGCAAUUCUCAAUUGCUUCGGAUUUGAUUUUUUAUCUUUUAGAUGUUUAUGACACAGCACAAAUUCAAGUCAAUGACGAUUCAGUCGCGAACUUGAUCCAAUUGCUGGUUUUAGUAGACGCCGAUGAACCACAAUUGAAGGAGAUAGCUACUGCUAUGAACAAUUGGUCGAUUAAGUUCAGUGACUUCAAAUUCGGAGAGCCACGUUUACACAAUAUUAUUGCAUCAAAAUUAUUAGAAGCAGGCUUAGUAUAUGAAGCAGAAAGAUAUUUUAUCUUAGGAACUAACGAAUCGUUGGAUAAAUAUGUGGACUUAAUUUGGGAAUGGUACUUACGAAGCGAUGAUGAUGCAUAUGGGGCGGGUGAACCGUUGAGUAGAUUGAUUUUCAAUUAUCUGUUCAUUUCAAAUUUCAAUUACGUUAUAAAAUCUAGAGAUAAAUUCUUAAAUCAACUGCUUAAUAAAUUCAAUGAUUUGAAAUAUGAGAUCAUUGAUAAAAAUCAAUUCAAAUUGUACUAUUUUCAUGAUGAAAAAUUGAAAGAUUUAAAUUUCUUACAAUUGAUGAUAAUAACUUGUCAAACUAAAAACAAAGAUUUAUUCACAAAUUUAAAGAAUCAAUAUCCCGAAUGCACUACGAAAUUUAAGACACAAUUAGAAUUCUUGGGACAAGAAUACUUCGAUAUUGUUCCUGUUAAACAGCCAAACUUUUUACAAGACAUGAUGUCUGGCUUCUUCAAAUAA